UUACAUAUAUGACCAAAAAACCGAAGUUAGAGCCACUUUUGAAGUUAAAAACCACUAACAUAGGAGGGUGUCUGUCAUGUUCUGGUUUUGGCGCUUUCAUAACCACUCACAAUUUUCUUAGUUCCAUUUCUUGCCAUAUUCACCAUAUAACAUUAAUUCACUUUGGUCAAAAAAAUUAAACAUUAAAUUCAUUUUUCUUUUAUUAUUAUUUUUUUUUUUAUAGUUUUCCUCGCCACCUUAAACUGCGUCGGAAACUGUUAAACCUUUUCCUUCAAACGUUAAACCAUAAUUUCUUCAUUGCUCUGUUCACCAAAAAUGGGGUUCUUUGAAAGUUUCUUGGGUGUUUUUGGUUUUGCUAUUGGAAUCCCUCUUGGUCUUCUUCUUGGCUUCUUUCUCUUUGUUUAUUCUGAAUCAAAGCAAGUCAAGGAUCCUGUUGUUAGACCAAUUAGUGAAUUAGGCCCGCUUGCUUUGCAAGAACUUAUGCCUGAGAUUCCUCUCUGGGUGAAGACACCUGAUUAUGAAAGAGUUGAUUGGUUGAACAAGUUUUUAUUUGAUAUGUGGCCUUUCUUGGAGAAGGCAAUUUGUGGGAUAAUUAGGACUACAGCACAACCGAUAUUUGAUGAAUACAUUGGAAAGUAUCAGAUCAAGGCAAUUGAGUUUGAUCAAUUGAGCCUUGGUACUCUUCCUCCCACUAUUUGUGGUAUGAAAGUUUUGCAAACAAAUGAAAAGGAAUUGGUCAUGGAACAAGUCAUCAAAUGGGCUGGCAACCCAAACAUAGUACUGACCUUGCAUGUGUUGUCUAUGAAGAUCAAAGUUCAGUUGGUAGACUUACAAGUUUUUGGGACGCCGCGGAUAAGUUUAAGACCUUUGGUGUCUACACUUCCAUGUUUUGCAAAGAUUGUGGUGUCUUUGAUGGAGAAGCCUCACGUGGAUUUUGGGUUGGCAAUAUCUGGAGGGGACAUCAUGUCAAUACCUGGUCUUUAUAGAUUUGUUCAGGAAACAAUAAAAAAACAAGUUGCAAGCCUUUAUCUUUGGCCUCAGAUCUUGGAAAUUCCUAUACUUGAUGAAUCAACGGUGGCAAUAAAGAAGCCAGUGGGAAUAUUACAUGUGAAUGUGGUUAGGGCAGUCAAGCUUUUGAAAAUGGAUUUGUUAGGAACUUCUGAUCCAUAUGUCAAACUAAGCCUGACUGGUGACAAACUUCCGGCGAAGAAAACCACUAUCAAGAGGAGGAAUUUGAAUCCUCAAUGGAAUGAGAAAUUCAAGAUUGUUGUGAAGGACCCUCAAUCUCAAGUUCUCCAAUUACAAGUCUAUGAUUGGGACAAGGUUGGUGCACAUGACAAGCUGGGAAUGCAGUUAGUCCCUCUAAAGCUGCUUAAGCCGUACGAGAAUAAAGAAUUUACACUUGAUUUGCUUAAGGACACAAAUGUCAAUGAGACUCCAAAUAAGAAGUUUAGAGGGAAAAUUGUGGUGGACAUGACUUUUGUUCCAUUCAGAGAAGAUAGUAUGAAAUUCGGUGGAUCUUCAGAAGGAUAUGUCAGAAAGGAUAGUGGAAUUGAUAGUGUAUCUGAUGAUGAGGUCCAAGAAGGAGCCGGUUUGCUUUCAGUUGUGGUACAGGAGGCUGACGAAGUUGAGGGUCAUCACAAUAAUCCCUUUGCAGUGAUCACCUUUAGAGGCGAAAAGAAAAGGACAAAGAUGAUGAAGAAAACCCGUCAACCACGUUGGAAUGAAGAAUUCCAGUUUAUGCUAGAGGAACCUCCUCUACAUGAGAAGAUACACAUUGAGGUCAUGAGCAAGAGGAAGAACUUCAGUUUUCUGUCAAAGGAAUCCCUGGGGCAUGUGGAGAUUAAUCUGAGUGAUGUGGUGCAUAAUGGUCGCAUUAACGACAAGUACCAUCUAAUAAAUUCAAGGAAUGGAGUAAUUCAUGUUGAGAUAAAAUGGAAGGUGGUUUAACAAACUAAACCAGUGUAUGGGGGCAAAACUCAAAAAAGUCUAUAAACUCAUUAUUCUUUGUUUGCCUUUUGCUUUAUUUGUUGUACCUAGCCAACAAUGUUUUUGGUUUUUACAUUGUAUCCAAAUAGAAGAAACAAAACAAUGCACAUCAUUUAGAUAAGUAUUUAUAAACAUCACAGAAAGUAUUGUCACAUAAA